GUUCGGAUCUCCUCUCGGGUCCAGUGCCAGUGGAGUCUCCCCUCUGUCAGCCGGUGUGUGGAUCCAGCUGUGGUCCUGCAGCUGGAGCAGAGUCAGGCUGCAGCACCGGGAGGAGCACAGAGGUGACGGGGAUGUCUGGGCAGCUCGAGCUGAGCUCAGGACUUGGUAAUAAUGAAGAUGUUGGCGAUGAUGUCAUCGGUGCACCGGUGGAGGCAGGAAUAAAUCUGAGAGGGAACCUUUUCAGCAGAGGUUGCUCAGAAGUCACCUGACGCCGCUCAGAGGCCGGGGCAUCGUCCAUGUGGGCGUCAUGCUGCGGGCUGCUGAACGAGGUGAUGGGCACGGGCACGGUGCGGGCGCAGCAGCCCGGGUUCGGAGCAGGCGCCGGGCCCUUCCGCUUCGCCCCCAGCGCCGGAUACUCCACCUACCCGCCCACCAGCUCAGGGAGCGCCGGCCAGCUGUGCAAGGCCUGCGGACUGGCCUUCACCGUCUUCAGACGCAAGCACAUCUGCUGCGACUGUAAGAAGAGUUUCUGCGCCCUGUGCUCGGUGCUGCAGGAGAACCUGCGCUGCUGCACAACCUGCCACCUGCUGCGCAGCACGGCCUUCCAGCGGCCCCGGCUCAUGCAGCUCCGGGUGAAAGACCUGCGCCAGUACCUGCUGCUGCGCAACAUCCCCACGGACACGUGUCGGGAGAAAGAGGACCUGGUGGACCUGGUGAUGUGUCAUCAGGGGUCGAGGGAGCCCCAGAGUGCGGUGCUGGAAGUGGAGGAGGACGAGGAGGAAGAGGAGGAAGAGGAAGAGGAGGAGGAGGAGGAAGAAGAGGAGGAGGACACACACGAGGAAGAGGAAGACGAAGGGGGAGAUGACACAGACAGUCUGCACUCACUCCCCCACUCGCACGCCGCCUCGCCCCGCUCCGCCACACGCUCCGCCUCGGAACAGUCAGUCCUCUCCGCCUCUCAGGGAGACGUGCUCAGCCCGAGUGACAGCUCAGGGACCACCAGCCAGGAGCAUGAGGAUACUCCAACAGCGUCCCUCUUGAACCUGGAGCCCACUGAAAAUAUCAUAGAGGUCAGUCCGGCCACACAGAGGAGGAUCAGGGCUUCACUGUCUGAUCUGGACAACGAGGAGGCGAUAGAGAACCUCUCCGUCCGCCAGCUCAAAGAGAUUCUCGCCAGGAACUUCGUCAAUUACUCCGGCUGCUGCGAGAAGUGGGAGCUGCUGGAGCGAGUGCAUCGGCUCUACAGAGAAAACGAGCAGAACAGGAAAUCCAUGGAAAAUGUGAGCAUAACUGCAGAAGGUGUCAAAGCUCAGCUGACGGCCGACGAAAACCUGUGUCGCAUCUGCAUGGACGCCAUCAUUGACUGCGUGCUGCUGGAGUGCGGCCACAUGGUCACCUGCACCAAAUGCGGAAAGAGGAUGAGCGAGUGCCCAAUAUGCAGGCAGUACGUAGUGCGGGCCGUGCACGUCUUCAAGUCUUAAAGACUCCCGAGCGUGUGCGCGUCGGAGCGGCCCCCUCGGGCGCGCACACGUGGGCCCGAGGGGCUCUGACUUCACCACUGAGGAAGAAGUGCUGUGCAUGACGUCUCACACGGGGGGGCCUAAUGCUGCAGCAGGCGCGAGCAACUCCCCGGAAACCAGGCGGUUGCCUCUGGUCUACCACGGUCUGGUUCCCCCUCCUCCCCUCUUUACUAACUCAUGCUCCAGUCCCACUGCUCCUCCCCUGGUGGACCGUCAUCAGCUGCACCGGGAAACAAACACACACCCUCUCUCUUCAUCUCUCUAGGGUCUGAUAAACACACAGCAGAACCCCCCCCACACCCCCCUGCCACCACUUUCUACUCUCUUUUGAGAUCCUACUCGCAGGAGAGGAGGAGGAGAGGACGGCGGUCCCGUGGUGACUUGAAGCCGAAUCGGUUUGUUCCGAUGCAGCGUGAUGAGAAAUGUAAGAUCCCAGGGUUAGAGUCGAUACGGUUUACACAGUCAUGCCACAUGACGCCGUGUGCUAUCUCCCUCAGUGUUCUUUAGGAUGUGCAAUAUCAGAGAAAAAAAAAGAUUCAAGAGACUUACUCACACGUGUUUUUAGUCGUCUCGUCUCACACGCAGAAGGCUGUGAGGUGCCAAACGUCAUGCCUUUGUCUGAUAUUUGGGUUAGGAUUCCACAUCAGUAGCGACAUCUCAUAACCAGCAAGCUCGGUGUGAUAGUUUACUCCUUUUUUUUUCCUUUCUGUUUUCUCAAAUGAACUUUAGGAAAUAAAAAGUAAAUGUUUGAACACC